GCUGUCGGUCACACUGAGGAUGUAGCGCUGGUGUAGCCAACAUGGCCCCCGACCAGCCGCCGCUUCUCUCCGCUAUGAAGAGACGAACUAACGCUCCUUCUCCGCUGCCACCGGACACAGUCAGCCCAAACCAGGGCGUUGCUGGUAAAAGAGGGGGGUAGAGCUGCCCAUGUCAGGCCCAUCACUGUCAGCCAAAGCCACGUUCAGCCGUGUGACAAAGCCGGGUGUCGGCGGUGGCAGAACCAUGAGCAAGGAUUAUUCCAUUAAUCUGUCCGUGCAGAGGGUGCUGAGUCUGUGGGUACAAGGCACUGUGCCCACACUGCAGCACUUCACAGAGAUGUGGUACUGGGUCUUCCUGUGGUGUCUCUUCUCAUCACUGUUUGUUCACGGGGCCGUGGGGCUGCUCAUGUGUGUGAUGCUGCAGAGGCACAAGCGUGGACGCCUCAUUACGCUGGUGCUGAUCAGUGCCGGCUUUCUGGCCUCCAUCAUCGGAGGCAUUCUCACCAGUGCAGUGGUGGCCUGGGUGUAUCGUGUCGCAGGAAAGGACAUGGCUCCUCUGGAGGCUCUGGUGUUCGGGGUGGGCCAGACCACGCUCACCAUCCUCAUCUCCUUCUCCCGCAUCCUGGCUACUCUGUGACUGGACCUGGUGGAGGAGGUGGCUGGAGACAUGAGAUAUGGAACUGUGGUUCCUGGAGGUGGCUUACAGGUGGAGGUACAUGGCUUAGCUGCCUUGUGGUUGGCAGCUCAGGCCACAGUAAAUGCUAAGAAAGGUGUUUUAUUUUUCACUGUAAUCGCCAGGAGGACCUCCGUCCGAGCCUGUGAAUAGGCUCACAUCUUGUUGGAUCAUAAACUGCACUUUGGUGGUCGCUGCACUGACGACUGACAGGAAACAGAUAACAGGAAGCUAUAGUGACUGUCUUCAGAAGUUUGUCCUUCUAUGUUUGUUUCUGCAUUCAACUUCUGGGAAGUAUUUUCUGUCAGUCCUGUAUUGUUCAGCGUGUUCAGCGCUCAGAGUAAAUCCACAGCACCUGAGGACCAGCAUGACGUUUCAGCACACACCACCUACGCACUCCCCCAUUACAGACUGAAUAUAUUUAACCCUUUCUGUUUGUCUGAUGUUUCUGUCUUGCAGCAGUCUUAUCAGUAUGGAUGUUAAUGCUAUACAGUCUAACUCACCUUCUCAGUGUUAACACACCUGACAGACAGGAGGUUUAUCUCGGCUGUGAUCCAGCUCACGUUAUUAUAAUCCACUUUAACACUUUACUCAAAGAUAAUCAAGAUUACUGAAUAUAUACUGAUUGUUUAUCAAACAUAUUUAAUUCUUUAUUAUGGACAACUCCAGUGAUUUGAGUUGAAUCUACUGAGGUUUGAUUCACAGAUGAAAUGCUCCUUCAACAUGUAUUACUGAAGCUCCAGCAUCACUUAGACCCUGUUUACAGCCUCCCAUCAGCUCAGCUAAUGUAAUCAUGAUGAAGGGUUUGUACAUGAUUAUUUUACACUAAGGUUCCUGAGAGGAAAGUUUAGAUGUAGGGUUUGUAAAGGUAUCAAUGCGUUUUCUCACAUUAGCUUUUAAUUACCUUUAUAAUCAUCUCUCUUUGUACAUCAAUCCCAUGAGUCUCUGUUGCAUGUAGAUUUGCUUUUCUUUUGUACCUCAGGCCUUAAGCACACUGGGUUUAUAGAGAAGAGUAUAAAUGUGGUGCACUGCUGGGUCACGGCUUCCUGUAGGUUCCUGUGCACCUUCUCUACACACAUGGAGGGGACUUUAGAACCUCCACUCUGCUAAGAAGCUCAAUGGUCCUGGAAUUAAAGUGUCUGUUGCUCAGUGUCGUGCUUUAUACUGCUUUAAUGACCUUGAUCUUUGAGGUCAGCAAGGCUGUGUCUCUGUGUCUUCGAGCCAUGACAGGAAGUUAGGAGUCAAAUCAGAGUCAGCAGAACCUGAACCUGAAAUGCUUAGCAGAAGAAAUGCAUGACUGUAAUGCUGAAAAAACACUUCGGGCAGAAAAUUACAGUCUACGAGACCAUUUGAAUAGAGUGCGGCAGAUUAAGGCAUUCAUCAGGUUGAAGAGCAGCAGUUUUCCUCACACACCUCUGAAAAAUACAGUUAAAACCUCAUUACACACGAAGAGUUUUUUUUCCUGGUGUUCAGGUUGAGAAUCUGCUGACUCUCAUAUUUCAUUGCAUAAAGUUGUAGCAUAUUUAUGACAUUUAAGAAGUAUUGUGAAGUAUUUUUUAUCUAUAAUCUCAUUCCAGUUUCAGCUCUGGACCUGAAGCUUAGCUUUUAGUUGUCGGUUGUUAGUUUGGUUCAAGGGACAGACAGAAAUUGAACUUUGGCAAUAUUUCUGAUUGAACGCCAUCAUCUGUCUGAAUGAACCCACUUUAUUUCAGCAGCCAGUGUCUAACGGAGCAGGACAGCACAUUAAAUCAAACCUGUUUCUUACAGCUGUUCUACAUGCUAUUAUGUUGUUUACGUCGCCACCUUGCUGCUAAUUCUGCAGGGACUUGCAUCAGUUCCUGAUGGUUUAAUGUCUUUAGAUUAAUAGGAUUAAAUCAACACUUUAUUUAUCUGCUAUUUGUAAGAAAUUGAAAGAAGGAGGUGCAGUUUAUAUAAACAGAUCUGAUCAGAAAUGUGUUCACCACAAGUUCUUAUUUAUACUGAAUUGUGAAUGUUACAGAUUCACAGUUAGACACGUUUAUCUCUGGUCAUGAGUUUUUCUCUAAAGCUUUAGCUGUACUGAUUCUCCUGUACGUUCAUGUCUGUAAACUGUCGAACUGAUAAAAUUGUUCUUUUGCAGACUUAUUUUGAAAGGCCAGACAAAUUCAACAAUAUUAUUACAGACUUAUUAUUAUUAUUAUUAUUAUUAUUAUUAUUAUUAUUAUUAUUAUUAUUAUUAGGGUUAUUGUUCAUCGUCAGUAGCAGAUCUGUCCACUAGAGGGCGCUUUUAAAGCGACACCAUGCUUCAUUACCUCUUUAAAGGGUUAAAGAGACACGAGUCUGAUUGUUUUCUUAUGUUUCUAAUCUGAUGUUUCAGCUUCUUGGUUUUCUGUACAGAGACGUACAAAGAUCUCUGUAUUCUAUUCUUUAAAUACAGGACUUACAGCAGCCUCUUCUUUUAGAAAUAUAAAUACACAAUUUUGGAUAAUGCUCCUAGAUUUAUUAUAUAUAAAAUACAUAUAAAAGAGACCAUCAGAUUUUACUAGUAGACUAAAGUACAAUAGAUCCCAAACAUAUUAGAUAAUAGAUGAGUUUUUAAUCUGAAUCUUUCUUUAUUCCUCACCACAAGCUGCUGGAUUUACAGGUUUCAGUUAUAGAAGGACAUCAUCACGUCCAUAUCAGUCAUAUUUCUACAGAAACUAUUUGAGAUUCUUAACCAUCCUAACCUCAGACCUCCAGCUCAAAAGAAAAUAAGCAAACAUCAGACACCAGACUCAUCUCACGUGGUUGGACAUCAGAGGUUAUUAGGAGGUUAUUAGGAGAUUCCUUAAGUUUUUGUCCUGAAUCUCUCCUGUACUGAAGUACUGAGCAGGCCAUCCAGUCUCUUGUCCCAUUUCUCUUGUGAAAUGUUGUAUCACUUUGACCUACACAAGUGUCUUAUAUGUGUUUGAGCUGUGUCACUACAUGCAGAGAGUGUAAAUGGAAAGGAUCGAUCCUCCACAGUCAACUCUGUACAGAACAUGGACAUGGCUUAUGUAGAUAGUGUACCAUAAGGUUCUUUUUUUAAUUUUAUAUCAGCUGGGGUACAGCUGGGGUUUAUAACAUGGAUAUGAUUGUAAAAAAAAAAAGUUUUUCUGUAAAUAAACU